AUGGUAACAGAGGAAACCGGCUUUUUCUCCGGGCCGGACGUUGACGCUUCUGGCGAUGACGAGAGGCCAGAGACAGACGACAUUUGGAGACCGGCUCCUUCGCGCUGCAGUCGAUCGGAGUCGCCCUUGGAUUCUCCCGUGGGUUCGCGGAGCCCACCUCCUGAGCGUUGCCCCCAUUCGCCUGUUUCCUCGCCUUCUCUGCAUCUCGUCAGUUGUACAUCAGCGUUCGCGACACAUACACCGCACACGGUGCUUCUGAUUUCCUCUUCUGCGUCUUCUCAUUGCGACAACUCAGCCCCGACAGCAGCGUCUGCUUUUUCGCCCACUCACUCCUUCCCUGCGUCCGCAGAAUGCGCUUUCCCCGCCUCGUCUCCCAGUCAAGCGGCGCGUGGUUUGCGCGAACAUAACUCAGGAGUCUCCAGUGCUUCGCCUGCGCUUCUCCUCACCUGUUGCGGUGCCUGUGUCUUAGUUUCGCCCGUGCAAACCGAAGGCGGCUCUCCUUGUGUCUCGGCACGCGCAGACGCUGCCCAGGGGGGGAGUGAAGCAGAGCGCCGUUUUCGGCGAUGUGAACGGGUCCAUCCAGAUGGUUUGGGAGGCCCUUCGUCUUCGGUCGCGUCCCUGCAGUUUGCUGCUUCUGUCUCGCCUGCGCGGUCUUCGUUUUCCUCCCCGCCACGGGUCUACAGAGUCCACACAGCCCUCGUGACAACGCUGUCUUUUUCCAGUUCCCUCAGUCUCGUCUGUUCCUCGCAGCGGCCUGCGCCCCACUCGGCACACUUCGCUUCUCUGUGGUGUCCAUACACCGUAAAAGAGCGGGCGCGGCUGCCGCUGCUCUUCGCGGCUCGCGCAGACGUCGUCUCCUCGGCGUUUCUCCCCGAUCAAACGCAGGGCCUGUUGCUUCUGGUGAAGGACGGGAAACACUCGAUCUUUGGGUACAUGAAUUUGCGGACGAAACUCGCACAAAACGCCUCGACGUACACGCCUCGGUCUAUGGCGCGUGCGACUCACCUGUCGCUGCCGUCCAGUGGUUCCCAAUCUCGCUUGCUGCCCGGCACCUCUGAGCGCUUCGACGUCUCGCCUGGGGUUCCGCGCUUCGCGCCUGACUUCGUCGUCGACUGCGGCAGACAGCCGGUGCUCGGCCUCGCCGUCGAGCCAACAAUAUGCGCCGCAAACGCGUCGCGGUUUCCCGCAACUUCCGCGCCUCUCCGCUUCGCGUCUUUCGGCCAGGGACACCUCCGGCUGUGGUCGGUCGUGCCUAAGACGAAACAACGCGAGAGCGAAGCGAAGUUGCGCGUCCCGGGAGCGAAGGGAGGCGCGGCGUCUCGCAGAAACCGAAAAAUGGAGGAAACAGAAUUCCCGCCCCCUUCGUUCCGCAGCUGUUGCUUCGGCCCGGCGUUCCUCUCACGUGAAGCGGGCGCCGCGCGUGCUUCACAGGGUGUAUGUACACCCGGAAAUCAGUCGCUUCGCUCCGUUGGCGGCCCUGCGACAGCUUCUCGUGGUAGCUCCAGGGUUGUCUCAGCGCAGAAACGCAGUUCCCUCCAAGCCCCGUCUGGCACUUCUUUUCCUUCGUUCCUCUUUCCAGGUUUCCCCGCUUCGUCACCUCGAAAUCCAUCACACGUUCCGCUUGUCACCGCGGCCGCGUUCCUGGCAGAGUCUCGAGAGCUCCUCGCGGGCACCGCCGACGGACUCGUCUUCGUCUUCCGGGGUUUGACCGCCAUUCGCGCCCUCUCAGUGUCUUCGCCUGCUUCGCCAUCGGCGGUCUGUCUCCUUCUCCCCUUCAGAAAGUCGCUACUUCUCGCUGCGACGAAGAACGGCUUGUUAACUCUGCUGCGGACCACAGGGCAGGUGUCGCGCCGACGCGUGCGGAGUCGUCGGGAGCCCGCAUCUUCGAAGAGAAGCGAAAGGUUCCCUGGCAGAGGCGAAGGCCCUCUGGCGAAUCGACUGGGCCCUCCGACACAUGCAAAGGGGAACUCUACGCCACGAGGCAGAGACGGAGAAGCGAGGGAGCAGCUGCACGAUCGACGAGAGCCGGGAGAGCGAGGGAGACCUUCCGAGUCGCUGGCCUUGUCAGGGGAGAGGGACGAUGGAAGAGUGGACGCUCUUCGCGGUGUCGAGAGAGAACGAACACCUCUAGAAGCGGCGAGAACUCUCUCUUCUCGAGCUGCCAGCAGCCGUUCUCUCUGUUCCCGGGUGAGUGGAAGGAACGGUCUCGCCAGCGAUCCAAGUUGGAGGCGGCUGACCUCCGUCGGCAAGAGAAACAGAACUCCGCGGCGCGUGUCCAGGGCUCCCUUCGCAGACCGCGUCCUGGAUCGACCUGUACGUACACCCCGAAGUAGCUACGCAGAUGCAUUCUCGCGUCCGCAGGGACGUUCCUCCGCCUUUCGUGUAUAUCGUCCGGCUCGAGAGAGGUCUCUGUCUGAGGCGGUGAAAUGCACACACGCGGGGAACCCACAUUUGUCUGGUGACGGCAGACAGGUGGAGCAGAGAAGCCCCUCUCAGCGCGCCCAGGACCACCCUUCGCGUGUCGGCUAUCAUCCGCUUUCAAGGCCGUUGCCGUCGCCUGACGACUGUCCUUCUCCGCGUUUCUCGUUUCCCCACAGACGUCCCUCCCGCCGGUCUCCCUCCGAUAAUGAUGAUAUGCGAGAAGACACGAGUCAGCCUGACUCUUGCGAAGGCCGUGUCUCAAGGGUGGACUGUCCCUGGGAGGGUAUAUCCGGCUUCGCAAGCACAGACACUGCGUCCCAAACGGCUUGCUCAGAAAGAUCUCUGCACGUUCGCGAUAUCCUUCGCUUUCACGCAUAUCGGAACUUUGCUGGCUUGACCCUUCACUCCCAUCCUCCCUCUACUCGCUCCCAGUCCUUCCCCCCCUCCGCACUUUCGGCGUUUUCUGCUGGUCCGCCUUCUCUGGCGAAAGAUCCCUUCUCACCUUCUCUCCUGCCUUCCACGUGGGUCUCCACUUUCUCGCCCUCCUGUUCCCCGCCUCACGCAGCUCCGUGGUUCCCAUCGCAGUUCGCCUGUCUCGCAGGCUGGAGUGUCUCCGUCGUUGAUACUGCUUCUCGGUCUGCUUCUUCGGAGCCUUCUCUCGUUCUGGUCACCGACAGCCACAUUCUCUGCCUGCGUCUCUCGCCUCUCCUCCCGUCCUCCUCUCUCCUUCUCGCCCAGCAGCCUUGGGGUUCCAUCGAAGCCGCGGCCGCGGUCGCGGCGUCUGCGGCGCCGCCACUCUGCCUCUACAUGGAAGAAGAAAGUGAAUGCAAGCCAGCCUGUGAGAGCUCUUGGAGCCCCAGAGUAAGAGACACCUCGGGAGACAGAGGUUGGACACGCGAGAUGGCGCACAGAGACUCAGGACGCCAGGAGCGAGGAGGCUCAGGAGCGAUCUGGGGAGCCAGCGCGCGCCGAGAAGAAGAAAAAAGGUGCGACAGCGAUGGAGAAACGAGACAAACCGGAGAGGGCCGAGGCAACAUAAUUCGUCAGCUUAGAGCAAAGAGAGAAGAAGUCGCAAGAACAUUCGGAAGCAUCCUCGUCACAGGUGGCAGGUGUCCCGUGGGAGGGGCGUUGCAUGUCUGGCGCGUGUGCGAAGAAAAUGCAAACAUCGAGGCACUCGGUCCUCCUAUCUUCUUCGAGGCCGGCGUUACCGCGGUCGCCUUCUCUUCGCCUCUCUUUGUCAACUCUCGUGGGACUUCUCCCCUGCCUCUUCUCUCAGCGUUCGCUUCUUCCACAGUUCCUCUCCCUACACUCCUCCCUUCUCCACCUUGUUCACUCUCUUGUUCUCCUCCUCCUUCGGUGACCGCCUCCUUCCUCGCUGUCGGCUGCGAAGACGGCUCUGUCUGGCUCUUCCUCCUUUUCUCCUCGUCUUCUCUGUCUCCUCCCUCACCCGCGAUUUCCGUGCGGCUCUGUCUGGUAGCGGCGCCGUUCCAGUGUCCGCAGAAAGCCGCAUCGGAAGUCACGGCGCUCGCCUUUCGUCAGCAUGUGGGGCUUCCUCCUUGGCUAGCUGUCGCCUACCACAGCCCCAGUGCGGUGCAGUGUCUGGAGUUGGUUGAGGCGACCUGUGCGCUCGGUCUCUUUUCGCUUUCGUCCCGGCCUUGUGAGAAGCUCGGAGAACCUGACGGCCCUCAGCAGAGCUGCCAGGCUGCUUUUUGCAGCACGUCCAGAACGUCCAGAAGUGUAUGUACACCCGAGAGAGGGGAGACGCCGCUAGCGCGAAGAAAAGGAGCGGAGGCGGACUUCGUCGAGACACUCGGCUGGCGAGAGGCGUGGAAUUCUGCGCGGCGUCACGACGAAAGUGACGCGUGGGAACACUCCUCCGACGGAACCACAAACCCAACCUUGUGGAGUCGGAGAGGCAAGCAAAGCGAGGCCGAAGAAUUGCUAGAGAGAGAAGAAAAACGAGAUGCUUGCCAACCCCAACCUUCUUGGUCUCGACAGGCUUUCUUCUGUCGCUUCUCCCAAGGCGAAGACGGCUUCCCCGCCAACUGUGAGCUUCUCUUCGUCCGCGGCACUCACGAGGAAAGACCAUUUUGGCAACCAGGAGCCGCGCUCCGCCCACUCCCCGCCCGAAGUUCGGGUAUAGUUAUCCGUCUCCAAGAAGUUCUCAUUCUCGUCCUGGCGACGUCGCUCUUGUGUCAGACAGCCGAUGGAGUGCUCGCCGCCUUCUCCAUUCCCGCGGGCCGCAGGCCUGGAGACGAGGUCCUGUUCCGCGUGAGUUACUUCUGA